AUGACAAACGUUUGGAAGAAAGGAAGUUCUACUUACCAACAUAUUUCCAGUUUUAAGCCUACAUUUCAAACUAGUGUUGAUAAUGUGGCUCGUUAUAAAAAAUCUAUCACAUUCUCCGACAAAGUUCUACCUGAUAGUGACAGAAAGGUUUUAGAAACCAGUUUACUAUAUUCACAGGGUAAAGACAUCUAUGAACUCCCAUGUGAGUUGCCAAUCGAUACUUUCCUCGACGAUGACAUGCUAGGUGAUCAAGAGGAUGAGCCAGUUGUGGAAAAGGAGGCUAAAAUGGAAAAGAUUGCACAAAGUUCCACCUAUGGACAGGCAUUUAACAAGGUUGAAAAGAAACCAUUGGUUCCAAAAUGGACUUAUCAAGGUGAAACCAUCAAUAAGAUUACCUACUUAGGUGAGAAUGAAGAUAAUAAUGCUCUUGUUAUGGCCUCUAGCGGUUCUUUGGCUUGGUUUAAAGAAGGAGUUCGUGUUCCUGUUCACAUCAUGCAGGAAUAUAUUGGUCCAGGUACUUCAUAUUCAUCAAUUCAUACUCUUAAGGGCAAAGAUGUAAUGUCUGUGUGUGAUUUUGCAUUAUCUGUCGACUUUGAAACAGUUGUUAAAUCUCAAUCACAAGGUCCAGAGGGUGACAGUAUUUUGAAACUUGUGGAUAAUGCUGGAAAACCAGGUGAAUUGCUAAGAAAAGUAUACGUCCCUGGCACAACCGUCACACACUCUGUCAGGUUCUUUGAUAACCACGUCUUUGGUACAUGUUCCGAUGACAACGUUAUAAGAUUCUGGGAUACAAGAACAGGUGGCGAGCCAACAUGUGUAUUAAGUGAUCCAAAUAACGGUGCAUUGACAUCUUUCGAUGUCUCGCCUGUCAUUGACACACUAUUUGUUACUGGUUCCGAUACAGGUAUUGUUAAAUUAUGGGAUAUCCGUUCUGUUACCAGUGCCGCUACAGAUUUGGCAAAUAGGCAAAAUGGUGAAGAGCCAAUUCAAGAUGAAGUCAUUGCUUUGCAUCAUUCAGGCGGUGACUCUGUUGUUGAUGUUAAAUUCUCUCCAACUUCCCCAUCAGAAUUUGUCUCGAUUGGUGGCUCCGGUGACGUUUAUCACUGGGACUUACAAAACUUUUUCUCCCAAUAUGAUGAUGAUAGUAAUGAUGUGAAAUAUCCAGUUGAUGAAAAUGUCAAGGCCAAUGCCUUAAAAUUCUUACACACAGGAGGCUCACGAAGAUCAUUAGCCAACACUGGCAGAAGAAACGUACUAGGUUACCAUUCAAUCGUCUCUGAUUUAAUUGCAACUGUAGAUGAAGAUAGUUUGAUCACUGUCUACAAACCUUACGUAUCUGAUGAAUAA